CUUGAUUCUUGGGCAGCGACGCGUCUCUCUUGUAGUCUUUUAGGUAUGUAACAUGUAAAGAAGUUGUUCCUUAAUCUAUAUUGUUCUAUGCCUUUAUCUGUUUAUAUAUGAGUCUAAAGUGGGAGUUAAAACAAUCAGGUGAUUAAUUUAUUCAGCCUCAGCUGCCCUUCCAUUCAUUCUGAUUCUACUCGUGUCACGCGUCGUCUAUUCUCUACAGUAACAGAUUAUUCUGGACACUGGACACUGGACACUGGACACUUGACACUGAACACUGGAAGAUUACUGUUUAAUCUGUCUGGGAGAAGGAAGUCGACAUAAACAGCUGUCAGAGUCGUUGAAGCUAUACAGCCGGCGUCAUGUCUACCACACCUAGAUCAUCAUCACCAGUGAAGCAAUCACUUACUCAGGAUGAAAUGGCAGGUGAUCAAUCAAUGAUGGUAGAGUUACCAACUCAUUUAGGUGACCAAACCGAGUUCGUUGAUCCCGAGGAAGAUGUGACGGUAAAGCUACAUUCACAGUCGCAGCCGCGAUCACCUCCACGGACUCAGGGUCCCAAGGUCGAUCAGGGCCAAGACAUGUCGCUUAUGGCUAGACAGUUGGACCGUCAACGUCAGACACGAACCCCCGAGCCACAAAAGCGACGGAGUAAUAGGUCUGAAAUGCAGAGCCCUGGUCAUCUCGUUGCAUUUGACUGGGAAGACUUCGAGGAUCGCUAUGAGAAAGCUCUACAAGAGGCUGACGAGCAGGAGAAACAGCUCUUGGAAGAGUUUGAUACUCUUGUCAAGUACUUCAACGUCUGGGCGUCAGCUUCGUCCGCUCAUGAUAAUGAGAGAGCAGUCAAGAGGUUGCAAACUCGCGAAAGACAUGUGCGCCUUUCUGAGCAAACACUCUUACAAAAGAAGCAGCAUCUAUCCGAAGUAGUGAAGGCCUUCCAGAGUGCUCUAGCCCUUCUGAGAUCAACUUGAGUCCACGUAUUCCGUAUUCCGUAUUUUAUGUUUAUAUGGCGGUGCAUGAUGAUAUCAGUGUGCAUUCGAUGAAUAUAGGUGAGGUUUACGACUUGACGACUUUUACGAUGCUUAUGAAUUAAUUAUGAUAUGAACUUGUACUUAGCUGCGUACAUACAAUUUGCUACCGUAUCUAGCCUCAUGAUCUACAUUUUACGUUAAUGUCUUCUCGACACUUCGUGUUUCUCGUUUUUCGUUCUCAGGUACAUGUAGUGAAUAUGUACCUAGGUACAUAGGUACAUACAUAGGUACCUUAAGUGGGCCGAACGCGACGCGGUUCGGCCAUAACCAAGCCGAUUAUCGAUAACGUUCAGUUGCUACCAAAGCUCAAUCAAU